AUUCAUUUCCCGAAUCUCGGCACUGACGGUCGCGCGGUUUUUCGAAGUGUGCUUCAGAGCUGUAGAAAAACGUCCACGCGUCGUUCGACAACUUGCCCGAGCUGGGUAAAAAUAUCUUUUUUUCUGUCCUUUCAAUGUCUUUCUGCGGCAAAGCAAAUCAUUUUUUCUAACAAAAUCACAUCUUUUGUUCAAAGUGUUUACCUAUUUUUGUAACUAUUCUUUUAUAGUUUGAAGUCCAUUUGCUCGAAUGAUCAAAGAUUGUGCAACAAAAAAUUUCUCGAUCAAGUAGUGUUUCGGCAGUUCAGUGUGAGUGUGGGAAAGUGAAUACGACGGAAGAGAAGAAGAUCGUGAUCAAAGGGCUGCUGUAGGCGGAAAUAGUUUCUCGUGAAAGCAAAUUGUAGUCGCGCAGAAUAUCAUCUGAUCGGCAAUUAUUUCAAAACUGCGCAGUGCACCUCGUGAUCAAGUGAGCGGCUAUUAGGCUGCAUCCGCAAUUGAAGUACGCCUUACUACGAAACUGGCAUCUACUAAUCUUGGAUUGACAUUCGCAUUUCGGCACCUUCGGCAUCAACCACACAGGCCACUGCCUGUUGACGUAAAACCCGCCCGGCUGGACCCACUCGCCAAACAUCCGACUUUCAAUGGGUUGACACGAGUUCAGCAUCUGCUUCCGGACGACGGGAAAUAAAAUACAGUUUGUACAUUCGGUUUUGGAUGCCCUACAAACGCCAACUUGGAGGAACAUUCAUUGCCCAGAACAAUCGUAGAACACGUAAUCUCUAUUUCCGGAGCUGACCACAGCAAACGUUCUUGUGCGCCCUCCCCCCACCAAUAGAUAGAGCCCCUCCAGGGCAUCGCCAUCCUGGUGUCCACUCGGAACACAUCACAGUACCGUGCGGCGGCGGCAACGGUCCCCAUAACCGGCAUCACCAUUAAUUUGCUUCCGGGCAGUCACCGCUCAGCAAACGCAUUCCAAUGAGAGUAGUUGACGGGAGUUCUGCUCCGUACGAAUUGGCGUCCCGCAAGGCAGCCCCGAGCGUCGAAGGCCUGGCCGUCCAGUUCUGCUACCGAUACUUCGAGGUCUCCACGAUUCUACUGCACCUGUUCAUCGGCUUGGGACUGGUGAUUUCCGACCUCAACUAUAGCCAGGCCUAGCUCCCGCCACUCCCGGCCGGGGUGCACCUGGUUUACUAGAGUUUAAUACCAUCUGGUUAAGUUCGACAAUAGUGCAAAUUGUGAUCCGUCCCUACAAUUGAAUCUACUGAGAGCAAGCAAUGAGCAAUUGUGGCUGUUGAAAAGAGUGCGCGCAAAAGUGAAAGAAAAUACGAGGAAGCUGUAAGGGAAAAGUGUAUCUGUGAAAAAGUAGCCUUAAUUCUUAUCAAAACAAGUGUCUUCCACAAGAGAGAGAGAGGAAAAGAAGGAGGAUCGUCUAGUUGAUUACACCUUAUUGUGUUCAUAAGUUCUAGCCAAAAUAGCGAUCAUGUUGAAAGUAGUCGGUGCAUCGUGGUACAAAACGCGGAUAAGUACCUACAUUCUGGCAGGUGCUUUCAUGCUCGCGAUUGGGGCGUUUUUCAUCGCUGAUAUGGAUAGACCAAGCUACAGCGGUACGUACUGUGCCACCGCCUAUUGGGCCCGCAACUCGGGCUUCCGGGUGGAAUUCUGGGGCCAACGGAACGACCUAGAGGAGGUUCCACCGGGCACCGUACGGGCAUGCUUCAAGCAUGGUCUGAUGGAGAGUGGCUGGUCCCAGCUGGAGCUCGAAUCGCAGCCCGAAUAUCCGGACAGCAUUCAGGCAUUUGCCGCCGGAAUGCUGGAGGGUGCCCUGACCUGGAACAACAUCUAUAUGCACUGGUCCAACACCAUCGAAUCGGAAUGCAACCGCGAUGUACAGUCCCAGGAGUUCUGCCAUUGGCUGCGUCGGAUCAUCAGCACCAAUGUGGAGACCGUCCAGAAGAUGGCCGAUAUGAGGAAGAAAAACGAUCACUACUGGUACCAGAUUGGGCUGUUUUUCGACCAGUUGGAUGGGCUGGAGUUUGGAUUCCGCAAGGGUGUUCGCAGGUCUCGUUUGGAUCACGAGAUUCCCAUGGAAGACUUUUUGCUGAUGAACAGUGCGGUGGACAUUCGUGAUCUCAAAGCUUACUAUAUGAAUUUCUUGGAUAGUGAAAGCGGAAUGGAGGUGGAACCGAACAAGGGCAUAAUGCUGCUGAAGUUGGUGGAGACCAUCACUGGCAAGGUGAACAUCAUGCUGGGCCACACGAGUGACGGCAGCUAUGCUUCGAUGUUGAGAAUGAUGAAGAAAUAUACUCUGAAUUACCACUUUUCGGCUGAUUCGAAUGUAGAUCGAGUGGUCCCAAACACAAACAUAGUAUUCACCGGAUAUCCAGCAGUUUUGGCAUCGCUGGACGACUUCUACAUGAUCUCGGGCAAGCAACACAGCAUGGUAAUAGCCGGCAUCAAGAUCGAAAACGACAAUUUGAAUCUCUGGACUAAGAUUGACUUGGUGCGAUCGGUUUCGUUGGCACCAAGGGUAAUGGCUUGUAAUCGACUGGCUCACAGUGGCCGAGUUUGGUCAAAGUAUUUCGCGAGGAGUCCCUCGACGGGAGCCAAGCAGUGGCUCUUGGUGGACCUGAAGCGACUAAAUCGUGGAGUCGAUAUGGCAGACGAAUCGGCCGAAGUCGAAGAAAUGCUGAUGAGUCACUCGGAGUAUGAGGAUCCAAAGGCUACAACAAAAACACCGAAUGAUUAUGUAGAGGUAGAUUUUGAAGGGAUUGUAAGGAAAAUGACGUCCAUUAGCAGAAUAAGUGACGGGGGAUUGUUCUGGGUGGUAGAUCAACUACCCGGACGAUUACACGCUGAAGACAUGACUGAGCAAAUCGUGAGGGAUGGAUAUUGGCUUGGCACUGGAAUACCUUACUUCGAGGAACUAGCCGACAUCGGUCAGGUAAAAGCCAACGGGACUGACUCGCAAAGACAUUCCAUUCAGGAGAAAAUUCUAAACAACAUCACCGACCUAGAUGGUCUAGCAAAGUUUAUCCGCCAGAGUGCGUAUCGCGGAGACCUGGACCACCAGCACCCGACCGCGUUCGGAAACAUCGACAUGAAACUAUUCGCGGAAACGAACGCAAGCAAUGGAACCGGCAUUUUCCAGGCAUAUUCGGGACCUCUGUACGAUCCGAUUACCGACGGACAGACUGUGAAGCGUAGCAUUGAGAGUGACGGAGAGGGUGAAGCGGAAGCCAUUCCGAUUGUAAGAGUAAAGAGACAGCGGGUCAAGCCAUUCGACUGGGAUGCGGCCGACACACUGGAGGCACCCCAUGAGGGACAGCCGACGCUGUGGAACUUCAAACGGCAGACGCCAACGUGGGCAUGGAUUUAGAACUUGAUAUUUACUUAGAUGGGCAUACUUUAAAUCGUACUUUUUUUUAGUAGAAUAACAAAAUUUUAACUUGUUAGAAGAGAAUUUUGUAAUGCAAUCAGCCAGCUUAUUUUACCAUGAAAAUUUUAACGCAAAUUGUGCGUAGCGAAAAUUUAUACACGAUUUGUAAUAAAAAUAGCAAAAUGAUUUUA